AUGGAGAUGUUCUAUAGUUUUUUCGUGUUUUCCCUCAUUCUGUCCUCCUCCUAUGCUGCUGUGCAAGACUUCUGUGUUGCCGACUACAGAGUUCCGUCCGGACCUGCAGGCUACUCCUGCAAAAGGCCUGAAAAUGUUAAGGUAAAUGAUUUCGUAUACUCGGGCCUAGGCAAUGCCGGUAACACUUCAAACAUUUACCGAUCGGUACUUACCAAGGCGUCCUAUGAUGAGGUUCCUAGUUUGAAUGGCCUUGGCAUUUCAAUUGCUCGCGCAGACUUGGCACCUGGUGGGGCUGUCCCUUUGCACACACACCCCGGAUCCAAUGAAAUCUUUCUUCUUGUGAAAGGGAAACUGAUAGCCGGGUUCAUUUCGUCGGAUACGAACACGGUGUAUCAGACAACUAUCAAGAGUGGUGAUAUAUUCGUUAUCCCUGGAGGGUUACUGCAUUUCUUUGUGAACAUUGGCGGUGCUGAAGAUAAUCCAGUCGUUGCAUUUGCUAGUUACAGUAGUUCAAGUAUACAUGUUCAAAUUGUGGACGAUGCACUAUUUAAAAACAACUUUCCUACUGAAUUGAUAAAUCGCACUACCCUCCUGAGCAUUUCUGAGAUAAGGAGAUUGAAAGCUCUCUUUGGCGGCACUAAGUAA